AUGAAGGAGAGGAGACUGUUUGUACGCGCUGCUGUGAUAACCGCUAGGGUUUUCUAUAUCAUUUUGAUGAUCGCUCCCAUACCGUUACAAGCGAUUGGAUAUGUCUACCUACCGGACGCGACAUGGAAUGUAUGUGACGUUAAUAGAACUUUAGCGAAUCUUUCCCAAUCGCCAUCCAAUUCAACAGCUUGUAUUUCAGAGGAAAUAACAACCACCUAUAAUGCAUCAAAAGAAAUAUAUCUUGAAGCAUUAGAAUUGUCUGGAGUCGUCUUAACGGAAACUAUCGCUACAUGCUGUAUCAGCUCUAUAUCUGCCGGCGGAUGUGGACCUGUUAUUUUAUGCAUCGUCAUAAUGAUUAUGUUGUAUAUGACGUCAGGAUUCGCCGCUUUAUACGGAUUCAUCGCGAUGUCCCAGACAGAAAUAGCAGUUGUCGUGGAGGGGAUUGGUUACAAAUGUUGUCUAGCUAGCUGUGCGCUUUUUAUGGUGGCUUUUUGUUUAUCAGUGUUGUAUGUGGCCUGCAUCAUCUUGACACCAAGAAAGACAUACAAGCUCAAAAAGGCCUCUCGAGGUGCAGAUUCACCUCCAACAGCCAUUCAAAUGACUGACCAAAGUCGGGUCAUGGAAAUCCCGACCAUAAACACAACUGGAGUAAUUCUUGUAUCAUUUAAGCCUUCAGGUUAGUCCUAAUUGCCAAUAACCAAGGUUCGGCCAGACGAGGAAACCUAAUUUAGCCAUUCAAUCGUCCUCUUUUUUUCAUUUCUUGGAUAGCACAGUCAUUUUGACAGCAAAAACGGGAAUGAUGAUGAACUAACACAAGUAUAACCAUAUAUUACGCAAUGCGUAAUUGACACUCAAUUAUGUAAACAUACAAACGGGAUCAUGAGAUCACGAACAGUGACAAUUAUGUGUGGUCAACUGGGCAAUCGAAAUGUGAAUGUAAUUGUUCGACAUGUUACAACAUACUGAUGGAAUUGUUUCAUUGAGGCACUACAGAAGAGGACAUUUGUGUUUGUGACCAAAUCCAGAUUUGACCAAGAUUUGUAUGCAUGGUUCGUGUUGUGGAUGAAGAUCACCGGGUCUUAUUGUCCUUUGUACCUUUUCAGGAGUUUCCGUCCAAAUCUGUGAUUUUGUUUACAUUAUUGUACUCGUUAACCGAUAUUGGGUUUGAAUUAUAGUUUGGUAAUCAUGUCA